CUGGUGCUCGGUUGCCAUGGUAGUCAACUGACACAACUUUGCCUGGCUUGGGAUAGGCUAACCUUGGAAAGCAAAUAAUUAGCUGUUUAUUGGACGCGUACAUUGGCCACUUAGUUUCCCUCUAAAAGCUAACUUUCAAAGAUACGUCAGGUACGUUUAUUUGUGUUAUAACAAUGGAGGACGAAUUACAGGAGCAGCAACUAAUGUCGAUUCCAGAGGAAAGCGCGGAGCCAUCGGACCAACCAGAGACGUUAAAAACCGAGGAGCAAGAGGAAAUCAUCGAAGUCGAGGAGGGGGUUUUAACUGAAGAAAUGGUGUCUGAAGGUUUAUCCCAUCUUGGACUUGAUCUGACCGGGCAGCAUCACGUUCUAUGCCACCUAUCCCUACCGAAUCUCAGUCUUAUCAACAUACAUUUGUUAUGCAAGUACGCCCAUCUUGUAAAGCUGGAACUGCAACACAACAACAUAGAAGAUAUAUCCUGCCUGAACCACAUACCCCACCUUAUCUACUUGGACGUGUCUCACAAUGAAAUCUCCAACUUCUUUCAAUUCCAGCCACUCCGGUACCUACAGGUGGCUGAUUUCUCCCACAACCGAAUACCAGACAUUAAGGAUCUGGCAGGCUUUUGCUGCCUGCGUAAGCUGAAUCUGGACUACAACUGUCUCUCUGAAGUCAGCGAUCUUAAAGAUUGUUCUAUGCUCACCCAUCUCAGCCUGGCUUACAACAAAAUCACAAAAAUCAGCAACCUAGGCAAUCUGCCUCUCAUAGAUCUCUGCCUGAGGGGAAACCAGCUCCACUGCACUGAAGGGUUGGAGAAGUUACAGAACAUACAGGUUCUUGAUUUGUCAAGAAACUGCAUCACCUCUAUUUCAGGAAUUCAGAAUCUCCGCUUGCUGUACUUAAUCGACUUGGAGAAAAACCAGAUUAUGGAAAUUGAAGAUCUAAAAUAUGUCAUUGAGCUUCCGAUGCUGACAAACCUCAAUCUGCUGGAUAACCCUGUGCAGGAGCACCAUAACUACAGACUGACAGUCAUCUUUCUCCACCAAGGCUUAUCGGUGCUAGACAAUAAGAAAGUCACUGUUGAAGAAAAGGUGUCUUCAAAAAACAUGUUUGAGCCUCCUAUGGACAUAGUAGCAGCAAAAGAUCACAUCAUGAACAUGGUUCACCAGAUGGCACAGCCGCAGGUUCUCUAUCAAAGCACAAUGCCCACUCCAAACACCCCAUACCCAAUGCUGGUGCUGACGGGCCCUGAAGGCUGUAGGAAAGGAGACUUGGUUCGCAGACUGUGUCGGGAGUUCGGUGAACACUUUGGUGUUGGCAUCUGUCACACCACGCGGCCCCCCUACUCUGGAGAGAAGAACGGGGUUGAUUAUCAUUUUGUCAGUGAAGAGGAGUUUCAGAACUUAGUUGUCAUGGGUAAAUUUAUCCUGACCAUGCAGUACGGCAGCCAUCUGUUUGGCCUCACCAGAGGCGCUAUAGAGGAAGUAGCAAAUCACGGAGUGGUUUGUUGUUUACAUAUGGAGCUGGAGGGUAUUUUCAGUCUAAAGAAGAGCUGCUUUAAGCCUCGAUACAUCCUGCUCAUACCCACGGCUAUAGAGAAGUUCAUAAUCCACAUGAAAAGCACUAACCGUUACACCAAGCCACAGAUUGAUCUCGCGGUGCAGCGUGUGCCCCUCUAUUCAAAAACCAACGAAGAACGUAAAGGAUUCUUCGACAACGUCAUUUCAAGUGAUAACUAUGAUGAAGCUUACCGGACCUUGCUGGAAGUAGUGAAGGUCUACAUCUACGCUGAGGAGGAGGAGGAGCCGCAGGAGGAGGAGGCAAAGGAAAAGGAGGAGGAGAAGCCGCGAGAGGAGGAGGAGGAGAAACCCAGCGAAGAGGAGGUGGAAGAAGAGAAGAGCAGCAUUGAAUCCGACAGCAGUUUGAGAGACUUUGAGUCAGUCGAGGAACCAGCAACAACACCGGUAGAAUCAGAGUCACUCCCUGGCACCACCGUCGAAGCCAGCUCGGCAAAAGCCCAGGCAGAUUUGAGCUGUCAAAAAACAUUGAUUGAGCUCGCCUCCUUGAGGAAGCGGGAGGAGCUGGCGAGGGAAGCUGUCAUUGGAAAGAAACCAGGGUUGCACAGCCACCUCUUCAAACAGCACACCCAAAAUGUGGCGUCAGCGGAACGUGAUCAAGAUCCUGGUACCCACACUCAGGAGAUUAGCGGCUCAGAAGUGUCUCAUGCCACCUCAGCUCUCGACGUUCCUGCGUCACUCGGUGGCUCUGUUGAACCUCUAGAUGGAACCCUAUUGGCACAGACGACAGAAAUGCUCAAAGAUUGCGGUAUGGGACUCGACUCACAGUCCAUCCUGCGUCCAGAGUCGGAUGGACAUAAGAACCGUGAAGUCACCAAGUCCACGUCACCCGAGACACGUUGAAUCUACCCAUAACCGCCCGUC